AUGGAGGGGUACGUUCAAAUUAAUGGCUCAUUUGCAUCGGAUCUUUCUCAAGAUCUCGAAAACUUAGCAAACACAAUCGCCUCCAGUUAUGCUGGCGACCCGGUGAUAUUGCGAUCUUCACAAAAUUUUAAUGGCCGUAAUGGUGACGUUAUACAAGCGAGAAAAAAAUACGACGUUGUUGUUCCCCAUAACUUUUUCGAUCUUAAUCAUGUAUUAACCAUGCUUUCGUAUCGUUGGGGUACCGAAUAUGAACAUUUUUGGCUAGUGAUGCUUAAGUGCAUCGGAUUGACCACAAAGCAAAAUGCUAUAAAAACUAUCGUAGAGCUUUUACCCAUGAUUGACUAUUCAUCGAUACCAUUAGAUGAUGAAAAAAUUGUGAGUAGAAUUAAUAUUUCUAGAGAAUUGAUUACCACAUUGGAGCUUAAAUGGAAAGACGCUAUUAGGUAA